AUGGAGCCUGUCAUAAGCAACUUAAAGCCGCGGCAAGCGACUCAGGCGUCGCCGAGAAACUAGUUGACGCGAGCGGCUUCCCGUGGUUUCGCGCACGCGCUGAUACUCUAAACAUCAAAACUGGAAAGAUGGCACGUCGCCGCCGAGCAGGCGCGUGCUCUGCUCUUCAAGCCCCUCUCGGCGCGGGGGGCGGACGACAGCGCCACUCGAGACGACUCAAACAAGUAUAGCAAGUACAGCAAACCCAAGAAUGCAUUCAGAAUCAAGCUAUGGCACGGGCUUACAGCCGGGCCGAGUCUUUUCAGCAAGUGUUUCGGGCUUUGCAUGCCGACAGCUUACAUGAGCGUGGCGAGCCGCGAGCAGGAGCUGGUGGAGGGGUCGUCAAAGGGAAAGAGGCGGCCCAAAAGCAACUGGCGCGAGAUCUCCCUGGUGCAGCAGUACACACUCGUGAAGCAGAUCGGCAAGGGCGGCUUCAGUGAAAUUUGGCUGGGCGAGCACAAGGAGAGCGGGCAGCAGGUGGCUGUGAAGGUGGUGGAUCUGGGUAUGGAGGACCUGGAGGAGAGCGAGAUUGCAAACCUGAUUGCGGAGGCCAAGUUCCUUCGGACCAUGGACUGCCCCUUCCUGGUCAAGUGUCUGGACAUGACGCAUGACGAGCAGUGGCUGGUGCUGGUUCUGGAAUACCUGGCGGGCGGCGAGAUGCUGGCGCACCUGCACAAGGUGAAGAAGUAUACGGAGGUGGAUGCCGCCAAGCUCUUCGCGCAGGUGGUGUCGGCCAUCUCUUACCUGCACAACCUCAACUUGAUGCACCGCGACAUCAAGCCCGAGAACGUCAUGUUCACACAUCCGGUGGAGGCGUUUGAGGCUGAGGGCAAGCCGCUGCGAGUGAAGGUCAUUGACAUGGGCAUGUCUGCGCUCUAUUCCCCGAGUAAGGAGGUGCGGGGCUGCAUCGGCACGUGCGGCUUCGUUGCCCCAGAGAUUUGGAACGAUGCGCCUCACAUGCUCUCCGGCGACGUGUACGCGCUGGGGGUGAUGCUGUUCAUCAUGCUGACGGGCCGCACGCCGCACUCGGGUCUGGAUAUCCGGACUAUGGCGUACUGCAGCAAGCGCAUCGACGAGGCGGCGGGUCUGCGCGACGAACGGUACCUGAACCUGUCGGCUGACGCCAAGGAUCUGUUGCUGAAGAUGUUGGCGGAUGACCCCAAGGCCCGGCCCACGUGUCUGGAGGUGUUGAAGCACCCGUUCAUGACGGCCGACGAGUCCAAUGCGGCAGCGCACCGCGAAAUGGGCGACUUGGUCCGCAAUCGCAUGCGAGACCUGGCGCGGAUCCGGCGCAUGCACGGCCUGCAGUUCGCGCUGCGAAUGGCAAAGAAGCAGGGUGCCGACAAGCAGGCACUGCUCAAUGCGCUGGAGCAGCGCCGGCUGAAGCUCGCAGCAAACGGUGCCGGCUUCUUCGGCCGUGCAUCGCAGCAGUCUCUCUCGGGUGCCACGGGGUCGCCACCAUUUGCGCGGACUUCGGCAGGGCCGCAAGUGCCGGCGUUCGGUCGGGCAUCAGCAGGGCCGGCAGGCCCGUCGCACCCAGGCGGUUGCGUGCCGUCCUUUGCGCGCGCCUCAGCGGGGCCGGGGGUGCCGUCGUACACUCGCGGCUCAGGCGGCUCGCCAGUGCCUCCGUCUUACGGCCGCGCUUCAGUGGGGCCCGGGGCGCCACCGCCGCCGUACCCGCUCGUUCUUGGGGCGGGUGGCUCACCCUUCAGGACCGCACCCGGCGGAGUAGGGCCCCCGCCUGCGCGGACGUCAGCAACGCCGGGGGCGUCGCCGUUCGCUCGCAGCUCGCUGGCACAGAGCUUUGCCAUAGAGCUGCCUCAGGCGCUGGCCAUGCAAGCGGUCGGCUGGAGGCCCAGCGGCCACGCCAGCGGAGGCGGCGCGCUCACAGAUGGCAGCCGCAGCGGAGGCGGCGCCAGCGGCAGCAGCCCAAGCUGGGGCGGAGCCAACGGCAGCAGCCCAAGCGGGGGCGGAGCCAACGGCAGCAGCCCAAGCGGGGGCAGCCCAAGCGGGGGCGGUGCCAACGACUUUGACGUAAGGUUUACGGACUCUCCCUGGCCCACCGCACAGCAGGGCACGGUGCUGGUGUUGCCCAUGUCGUCUCGGCCGCCGCCGCCGCCGCCACCAGCCGCGAGCAGCUUAGGGCAGCGGCCGGGCCUGCCGCAUGCCGUGCGCAGCGCGGGGCAUCUGUCGCUUAGCUACUCACAGCUUGCCCAGGCUGCGCAGGGGGCCGUGGGGCCGGCUGCGGUGCUGGGCCCCCUCGAUAGCGCCUUCGAGAGGGGGUUUGGGCGGCCGUCCAUGCCGCCCAUCCCGGAGCCGGAUCUUCCCGGGGUGAUGGUCAUGUCGCGAUCUCCUUCCGGAACAGCAGGGGCCUUCAGCAAGGGCAGCGAGGGCGCGGUGGCGGGCGGCGGGCUGGGCAUGCACGGCCGCAACGUGGGGCCGGCAGCUCAGCCUUCUGACAUGCUCGGAGAAGCACGGCCAGCCCUGCCGCCGUGGCCGCCGACGUCGCCUCCGCCCUGCUUUGCCGCCGCGGAGCCGGACGCCAGCGUGCAAGUUGUAGCAAGUGUGGCGGUCUCGGCGGCUUGCGGGCUCCCUCAGCAGGGCAACAGCCGCAUCAUCGAGGCGGGUCUACCUUCGUUGCGUGAGCAUGACGAUUCACCCAGGGAAGCAGAUUGCCAUCACCACCAUCACCACCUCCACCACCACCGGCACCACAUGUCGGUAGACCCCUUGGCCCUCAUGAAUGCGCUGCCGUCAGCGCUGCAGCGGAGCACCACCAUGCCGGCGGCGGAUGACUCGUGGGUGCCAGCCAUGCCAAGCGUGGAGUUGGAGCCCGCCGCACUGCGCCGCUGUAUGAGCGUGAAUGGAUUGAUGAUGGACAUGAUGCAGCAUGCGGACGCCAUGGAGCAGGUUCUUGCAGAUUCAUUGGCGCCAUAUGGUGCCUUCGACGUUGUGCCGCCCUACGUGGCCGAGGCUUGCGAGGGAUGAUGCUGCGGCGUGCGCGGUGUGCAUGCCAGUUAUUCAUGGCUAUCGAGCGAAGUUCCACAGCUGCAAGGUGCCACCAGGUUUUGUGCGCUGGCCCAGUGGGGCCAGCACUGGCACCUCGUUGCACUGGCGGAAACGAAUGACGAGAAAAUUCAUGAAGGAGUCAAUGCGCUUGGAAAUGCGCGGGACUCGUGAGGGUGAUGCAGCUAUACUUACAGGUGCGGGCGCAAGGUGCGGUGUUCUGUGCGUGGAGGCGGCGGCGUGUCUGACGAGGAACAGGUGCAAGCACAAAGAAGUUGCCCGCUGGCAACGGAGCUGCUCGGUCUGGCAACGUACACUUCACCGCAUUUAUAACAGCAUUGCUUGGGCCUGGCUAGGUUCUGCGCACAACUAAUGGGCCGCAGGGAUGACUAUAACUUGAUAUGUGUCAUUUC